AUGGUUCAAAUCCAAAAGAAAGAUAAUUCUAUUAUACAUUUUAACAUUUCUACAAGCUUAAAGUUUAAUAAUGAUUCAUUAAAAAGGAACGGGUCUGACUGUAUUGGACAGGCUGUUACUGCGCGCCCACUCCCGGCCGCUAUCCCACUACUGCCCGAUGCGGGGGACUUUUGGCUGCUGGGUUACCCCCCUGGCCCGGUUCGCCCCUCCUUAGUGAACCUGCACCCCCCAGACUCCUCCGGGGGGUCCAUAUUAACACCAGGCUUAGUGUGGACGUCCAGUCAACAUGGGCCACGCAGCACCAGGACUCCCGACCUCAAAUCAUCCUCCGUGCCCGACCUCCGAGUAGCCGGAUUACAGGAGACGCCACGCUCCCAGUCAAAUGUACCGACGAAAAUAUUGUUCUAUUAUCGUCGUCCGCUGGGCGAAAGCUUCCCCCAUAGAAUGCUGACCAUGCCCAAGAUCGGACAGCCCGUAUCCGUUACUCUUUCCAAAUCGUCGGUCCACCGUACCACAGGGCAUCCUAGUCCUAGGCCAGUAUUCGUCUCGAGGGUGUUAGGUGCAAAGGUGAGUCAAGAGCUGCAAUUAAAACGCAUCGCUUUGAUCGUGACGAGCGUACUUAUUAGGUCUGGGGAUAACGGU